CCGCCCUGGGGCUGCUCUCGGCGCUCAGCGCCGCCGGCACCCUCUUCCUCCUGGCGCAGUGGCGGGAGCUGGGCGCGGCGCUGCGGCAGCUGGAGGCGGCCAACGGCCACCUUCGGGACCUGCCGGGCACCCCCGGUCCCCCCGGUCCCGGCCCGGCUCCCCCCGCCCGCAGCAAGCGGAGCCGCCGCGGGGAGCGCGUCCGCGGGGAGGUGCGCGCCGAGAACGAGGAGAUGCUGAUGCUGAUGACCUACUCCAUGGUGCCGGUCCGAGUGAUGGUGGAUUUAUGUAACAGCACAAAAGGGAUAUGCUUAACAGGUCCCCCAGGCCCCCCAGGGCCUCCUGGACUUGAUGGAUUGCCUGGCUACAAUGGAUCAGAUGGAGUCCCAGGUAUACCAGGACAAAAAGGAGAACCAGGAAUAAAUGGAAAAAGAGGAAAAAUAGGUGUUCCAGGACCAAAAGGUGAUCAAGGACAGAAAGGAGAGCCCGGACAAAUAGGUUUACCUGGCAAGGAUGGGAUGCCAGGAGGAAAAGGCGCAAGAGGAGCCAAGGGUGAAAAGGGGGAUGCAAAUAACGAUGUGAUAUUAGAAGGUGCAAAAGGUGAACCUGGACCCCCAGGGCCCCCUGGACCACCUGGACCCCCAGGGCCUCCAGGGAAACGUAAAGGCAAAGGUAAAGCACAGCUUGAGGAGAACAUAUACAGCAGCAAAUGCACAGGUGACACGUGUGCUGUACCGAAUGAUGAUACCCUGGUUGGAAAAGCUGAAGAGAGAACCCCUGGUCCUUCAAAAAAAGCUGAAUGUGUCAUAACAUCUGUAGGAAGUCCUGUUCACUUUGUCAGCGUCCAGCAAACGUUUGGAACUUGGAUGCGGGAACCUGCAAAUAUAAGCGAUGAAAGGAUCUGGCUUACCAUGCAUUUUUCAGGAAACUCUAUAAAAGAAUAUGAGAAUUCUAAUGCCUUGCUGAAUGACAGCUACAGGAUCAUUAACAUCACAGGAUUCUUUUAUGGAUGUGGCCAUGCGGUACAAAACAAUCAUCUCUACUAUCAAAAGGGAGGAACCAAUGUCAUUCUGAAACUUGGGCUUGAUAAAGCAUCAUUGGGAACACUGCUAAUUGAAAAUGCCUUAUAUCAUGGUCGUAACUACCUCUUUUCUAACUCGAAGACGUAUUUCAACGUAGCAGUGGAUGAGAAGGGCCUUUGGAUUAUAUAUGCCUCAAGCACUGAUGAAAAUAUAAUAGUAGCACAUAUUGAUGAAGAGACAUUUUCAGUCAUUCGGCAUAUCAAUACUACCUACCCCAAGUCCAAGGCUGGUAACGCGUUCAUAGCGUGUGGCAUUAUGUAUGUUACUGAUACUAAGGACACAACAGUAAGUUUUGCUUUUGAUUUAUUGAAAGAGAAGCAGAUUGAUGCGAGGUUUGAGUUACGGUCUUCACAGUCGGUUCUUGCGAUGCUUUCAUACAGCCUAAGGGAUAAGAACUUGUAUACGUGGGAGAAUGGGAGCUUAAUGGUAUACCCUGUACAUUUUGGCAGAUGAAUAUAUUUUAAAAUGUCAUGUAUGGCAGCCGUGUUUGACUAAAUAGAUUAUUUAAAGCAGUAUGGUAUACACACAGGGUCUUUUCACUUGGUAUAAUUUUCUGUUCACCGAUGGUGGUCUGUGAGUGUGUGUAAAAGGGAGAUUGGGGGCCCUUGUACAAACACACUUCAAUUCUGUGGGCUGUUCUCAUCUUUUAAAAGAAUAGGUGUUCAAUAUUGCAGCUGGCACACAGCUAGCAUGGACUUGCUUUUGUUUUUUCCCUGUUAUUAUUAUAUCUAAUGUAUGUUGAUUAUUCCAUGGUCACGUGCUCGGCAGAGACUAUUUAUAACUUUCAGUUGUAAUCAUCUCAUCUGCAGUCAUUUGCUAGUCAGUGAUUAUGGUCUAGUAUAAAUGUCUAAAUAAUGAGCUUUUGUGUACAAAUACCUUUGUCAUUUUCACUUAAUACUUUCCGCUGAUUCCCUGUGAACAUUUUUUUUUUUUGGACAAAGUUAUGCAAGUUAAGCUGUUAAAAAUAAUAGGGCUGGAAAUAGUUGUUAAAAUAAGAAAAAAAAAGGAGAAAGCUUCAAAUUUGACAAGUCUAGUGAAAUAAAAAGCAAAAUCCAGCUGAAGUACAAGGAAAAUGGGAAUAAUGGCAUUAUUAAAUAUACAUGAAAUUGUGUUUAGUAAAUGGAAUGUGGGAAGAAAAAUAAUGGGGUAUAAAAUUGAAGAUUUAAAAUUUAUUAUUAAAAUGCCUUUUUUAACAGUGAGUUGCUUGUGUUGCUACAGACGCUUCCUUGCCCCCCAGCUGCCACGUAAACUCUACUACUACAACUUGCUUUUACCUAUACUUAAAUUAUAGUAAGGUGUAUUUCUAAAAAAUUUUUUUCCCACAUUCAUCUAUAGAAAUGGAAUCCAAAAAUGAAGGGUAUACUUUUUUGCUGCUUAGAAAAAUGAAAUAUCUGGAGCAGGAAUGCAUGUAUUUGUCAUAGUGCUUAGUGACUUCCUUUGUUGUUAAUCUUCGUCCAGAGAUUGCCCACUCACAUUCAAAUUUGUGAGAACUAGGGGUGAGAAAUAAUAGGAUUUUUUUAAAUUUAAUUUUGUUCUGAUUUUUGUUUCAGAUUUCUGAAUUUAACAUUGAAACAUAAAUCCUCACUGCUACUUUGUUUAUCUGUAUUCAAAAAUCACACUCUCAGAAAGCCGCUACCUGAUAUUGGUAGAAUUCAUGGAACUCAUCCAAAUAUCUAGAAGCAAAGUAUCGCUUAAACCCUGAACUCAUAGAGCUGUUUAAUACCCGUGUGACAUCCAGGCACCAUCAAAGGGAUUAGUGAAUUUGGGAAUGUCUGUGCCUGCAGAACCUUGUCCAGCAAAUGUGCUGGGAACAUCCCUCUGCUGCAGCAGAGCUUCAGUGUGCGAUACAGCGCUCCUGGCUUCUAGCACACACGGGCUGGUUUCACUAAGGCCAGGAUUCAGGCCUUGCGUGCUACAGGGAGAGUGCAGAGGGAAAUAAAAAUGUGUAAUGAAUACUUUGAACCAGUAUAUACAUCAAAACUCAUACCAAGAGUUCUGUCUGCACCUGUAAAGUGCAAAACUUCAUGGUCAAGAGUUACAGUUGGUGUAUGUGGGGCUUCUUUUGGCUUUUGUGGGGUUUCUUUUGGUUGGUAGGCUGUUUCGUGAGGUUUUGUUGUUGUUGUUGUUGUUGUUUUAAUUGAAUUAUGGUACUAAUAAAGUAGACUUUUUGGCUAAAAAAAAAAAGUCUAGCAAGAAAUGUGGGCAAAUACAGGUCAAGCCAGAUGUGACAGGUUCUAGGUAACACACAUAUCUUAAAUGAUGUUAAAUUUCUGAAUGUCAUUGUUGAACCACUUGGAUGAACCUCUUGGAGAAGGCAGGCCAGGAAAUUCUGCUUUUUUCUCAGUGACAGAACCAG